GUGAAAUUAAACGGUGUGGUAAGUGUUUUAAUUUCAGGUUCUCAAGUAACACUGGUGUAUGAUUAUGAAAGAGGUGACCAAAAGAUGAAAAAUAGUUUGGUGAAUUUAUCAAAGAUUGAAUGACUAUUUGUUUGGACUUUAUCUCGUUACACGUGAUGGUUACUUUUAUUGAUUUUUUGAAUGAUGGUCUCAUUCACAUUGGUUUUGACCUUGGUAUAGUCUAGAAAAUGUGGCAUCGACCAAUCGGAUAAAUUCUAUCCUUACACUUGCCAAUCACAUACGUUUUAAUUGUGACUAGAAUGACACGUUAUCAUUGUAUUUAAACAGGAAUCAGGACGUAAACUGUGUAAUUGAUUUCAGAAAACUUGGUGAAUUACAGUGAGCAAAUAUGUUUAGAUCACAAGUAGCAGUUGUUUGGUUUCUCUUCUUUCUCCUGGUCUGCAAUGCAGAUAUCGUUGUAAAUACACUCUCCGUCCGUGUUAAGGAGUGGGAUGAAAUAAUUGAAAAUAAGGGAGUAGCACAAUCCCUAAAGCUUCUGGAUAGAUACUGUGCAAAUGUUGUGGAUGUGGUGAAGGAAUUGAAACCAAAGUUGAGUUCUGCUACUCUGUCAUGUGAUAUCGAUCACUCACAAAGGCCAAAUGAUAUCCGUGUCGAUACUGUUAAGGUUGAACUGGCAGUGUUAUCGAGUGAAAUGGAAAAGUAUUUUCAUCGAAAACGUGGUUCCCAUCGUUGAAGAAUUCACUUGAAUCGGGUAAUGUGAAUGUGAAUAGCGCGUGGAUAAUUGGUGAGUGAAUCACCAAUGCAUAACAAUUUUCUAGUUGAUAUCCACACUUGAUCAAUAUGUACGGUGUUCAGUUGAGAUAACAUAGCUUGCAGUUUUCAUCACUAAGUAGUAAAUAUACUGUACUCCAUUUCAGAUAUCGUUUCAGUGAGUGGUAAGUUCACAAUAAAUUCUGUAGUUUUGUGUAUUGUAAAAUCUGUUGAAGUCAGUGAUACUGAGGAAUAUUGAACACAAUAAUCUGUCAAUGUGGUGUAGGAAUUUAGGAAGUG